AUGAGUAUGUACGGUAGGGAUCCGUGGGGAGGGCCGCUCGAGAUCCACGCCACGGACUCCGCCACCGACGACGAGCGCAGUCGCAAUCUGCAGGAGUUGGACCGUGCCGCCUUAGACGAGACUCAACAGAGCUGGCUCCUGGGCGCCGGAGAACAGAAAAAGAAGAAGAAGAAAUACGUAGAUCUCGGCUGCAUCAUCGUCAGCCGCAAAGUGUUCAUCUGGACAGUUGGCACUGUCGCCGUCUGCGCCGUCCUCUCCGGCUUAAUCACUUUAAUCGUCAAAACCGUCCCCCGCCACCACCACAAGCCCGCGCCUCCCGAUAACUACACUCUCGCCCUCCACAAAGCCCUCCUCUUCUUCAACGCCCAAAAAUCGGGAAAGCUUCCGAGGCAUAACAAUGUUUCGUGGAGAGGGAACUCGUGCAUGGGAGAUGGGAAGAAGUCUCAAGGUACGUCGAGCGCGAUCAAGGAUCUGGUGGGCGGUUACUACGACGCCGGUGAUGCUAUCAAGUUCCACUUCCCCAAGGCCUUCGCCAUGACCAUGCUCAGCUGGAGCGUCAUCGAGUACAGCGCCAAGUACGAGGCUGCGGGAGAGUUGGCUCACGUCAAGGAACUCAUCAAAUGGGGAACCGACUACUUUCUCAAGACCUUCAACAACACUGCCGACACCAUUACGUCCAUCGCCGCGCAGGUUGGCUCCGGCGACACCUCCGGGGGGAGCACCACUCCCAACGACCAUUACUGCUGGAUGCGCCCCGAGGACAUCGACUACGACCGCCCCGUCGCGGAGUGUCACGGCUGCUCCGAUCUCGCCGCGGAGAUGGCGGCGGCCUUGGCGGCGGCUUCGAUUGUGUUCAAGGAUAACAGGGCGUAUUCGCAGAAGCUGGUUCAUGGGGCCACCACGCUGUACAAAUUUUCGAGGUUGCAGAGAGGGAGGUACAGUGCGGGUGCAUCCGAGGCUUCUGUGUUCUACAAUUCGACUAGCUAUUGGGAUGAGUUUGUUUGGGGAGGGGCUUGGAUGUACUUUGCCACUGGGAAUUCGUCUUACCUGAAGCUGGCUACCACUCCCGGCCUUGCCAAACAUGCUGGCGCCUUCUGGGGAGGGCCUGACUAUGGUGUCCUCAGCUGGGAUAACAAGCUUACUGGUGCUCAGGUUCUUCUGAGUCGAUUGAGGUUGUUCCUGAGUCCUGGUUAUCCGUAUGAAGAAAUUUUAAGCACAUUUCACAACCAGACAGGCAUAAUCAUGUGCUCCUACCUGCCAAUGUUCACCAGCUUUAACAGAACGAGGGGCGGCUUGAUUCAAUUAAACCAUGGUAGGCCUCAGCCUCUCCAAUAUGUUGUCAAUGCAGCAUUUUUGGCUGCUCUUUACAGUGAUUAUCUUGAUGCUGCUGAUACUCCUGGAUGGUAUUGCGGACCCAAUUUCUUUUCAACUGAUGUUCUUCGAGACUUUGCAAAGACGCAGAUUGAUUACAUCCUUGGGAAGAACCCUCGGAAAAUGAGCUAUAUUGUAGGUUUUGGAAAUCAUUAUCCAAAACAUGUUCACCAUAGAGCUGCUUCUAUACCAAAGAACAAGAUUAAGUACAACUGUAAAGGAGGAUGGAAAUGGAGGGACACAUCGAAGCCAAACCCGCAUACAAUUGUUGGAGCUAUGGUUGCUGGUCCUGAUAAGCACGAUGGUUUCCAUGAUGUCCGAACCAACUACAACUACACAGAGCCAACUCUUGCAGGCAAUGCAGGUUUAGUAGCUGCACUUGUGGCGUUGUCGGGUGAUAAAAGCUCCGGAAUAGACAAAAACACCCUUUUCUCUGCCGUUCCCCCAAUGUUUCCAACACCACCACCUCCUCCAGCUCCGUGGAAACCAUGA